AUGAGUUAGCCAUAAGAUUUUUCGCAGGGACUAGUAGCGACAUUGAAAAAGAAAGUCCGCUAACUCUAGGAUGAUUAUGCGAAAUUUAACUAGAUGAGGAUGAAGUAGGCCUCAUAAAGUGUUGAUUCUCAAAGCUAUAUUAACUCUGGUACCGAAGUAUAUAUUGUUGAUGCUAAAUGGAUUGAGCAUUGGAAGUCUUUGUGUGGACAAUAAAAUAGCCAGCAGAAUCAAACAAACAAUCCAUAAUAAUGCAAUAAUACUAUUCCUACGAUAACUUAGAAGAGUAAUUCAAGCUCUAAAAAUAUGGAUUCAAAGGAGGAAGCUUCUUCAAAAAGCAAAGGCUCAACUCUCACAAAGGAAUAGCAACUUAACAAAGAGGUAGAUAUAAGCGUAAUUACUAAUUAAAGACUAAUUGUACCUAAAGAGACAAUAAUUUGCUGUUCUGAAUUUGAUAAUCCAUUCAAUAAUGUCUUGAAGGAUGAUUUAUUGUUAGGAGAAGACUAUCUAUUAAUAUCCAAAGAUUAGUGGAACUUUUUAGAGCAAAACUAUACUGAUACUGGUAAAGCAAAGACAUUUACAAUAAGAAGAUUUUAUGAAAAACUUGGAAUUGGAAUAAGGACUAUUUAUGUUGUCUAUUACAGCAAAAAAAGAACAUGGGAAGAAUUUAAGAUUAGACUUGUAAAGUUAUUGAAAGAAGAUUCAUAAAUGACAAAGCUUAUCGGAAGUCUUAAUAUUACGAAGGAAAAAUUGAAACUAUGGGGAUGUAACACUUCAGCACUAAAGAGUAUAUAUGAUUAAUUGAACGAAUAGAAUUCUGAUUAAAAUACCAUAUCUCAAAGUGAUUGCGGAUUAGGCUCUGCAGCCAUGAUUAUUGAUGAUUAGGUUCAAAAUUACGACAAACUGCUUUAAACUUUCACUGCAAAUGCCUGGCAGUACAUUAUUGCAGCUAAGAGUGCUAAACUACUGAUCAUAAAUAUCAUCUUGAAAAAUGUAAUGCAUGGGUUCUUUAAGAGCGAAUUGAACUAUAAAAAUCCGCUGGGAGCUUAGGGGCAACUUGCAAUAGCAUAUGCAAAACUUAUUAAAUAGCUGUGGUAUGAUGAUAAACUUUCCUUGGCACCUUGGUAGUUCAAAAAAACUAUAGGGAAAUUCGCUAAAGCUUUUAAUAAUUAUGAGUAGCAAGAUUCCCAGGAGCUCCUUAACUUCAUCCUUGAUGGCCUUCAUGAGGAUUUGAACAGAGUUCUAGAAAAACCAAUAGUUCCAUAAAUCGAAUCAGAAGGCUUAAACGAUGAAAAAGAUUCAGAAAAAUCCUGGCAAAAUUAUCUCAAGCGAAAUCAAUCAAUAAUCGUUGACUUAAUGCACGGCCAGUUCAAAAGCACAGUAAGAUGUCCAGACUGCGACAAGUUGUCAAUUACUUUCGAUCCCUACAUGAGUAUUAGCCUUCCCAUUCCAGAAAUAAAAAUUGUGGAAAAAGAGUACUUCUGGGUGCCUUACGAUACCAAAAAGAAAUGUGUUAAGAACUUUUUCAGAUUCAAAAGCCACGAGUAAAUCAAAAGCUUGAGAAAGCUGAUAGCUAACAUGCAUGAUGUCAACUAGGAACAAUUCGAAUUAGUUCUCAUUUAAGAUGAUUAAGUGAAACGAAUCCUCCCAAGAUAUGAAUAAAUUAGCGCAUUGAACGGCACUAAUAUGUUCAUUUUUGCUAUGGAGACUAGCUACUAGAGCUUUCUUUAGCAAAAGUAAGCUAAUAAGGAACACUAGCCUAGUUAAUAAUAAUUUUUCAGCCAGGUACCUGAGGAAAAUCAAGAUAACCCAACCUUAGUUGAUUGGAGUGAUAAAAAGGGAGCUAAUGAACUUAGCAAAAAGCUUAAAAAUGGGUAUAUCUAGACGAUUAUCAAUCCCUAGAUUUGCCAAUUCGAUGACUAAGAUAUUUCAGAGGAAGGAUAAAUGAAAAUUAGUUUUGAAAAAAUAUUUCCAAGAUUAGUGUACCUACGUUUGAAUGAGAGCUUGAUCCAAACUCAUCUUGAUAUAUUUGAAUAUCUUCGACCACUAUUCACUUCUUACUUGGAAAACAUAAACAACCUAACAAGUUUUUGCAAAUCCUUUGCGAAAAGGAAAAAUCAGGUUUAGGGACCCAGUGUGAUAAAAGAUCUGGGGCUCUGGAACGUUAUGAGUUUAAAUCAAUAAUAUGAAUCUGUUUUCGGAGGAGCUCAUGACCCAUCUAGGAAAAAAAUUGAAGAUCUACCCUAUUAAAUAAACAUCGUAAGCAGAAAGGUAACUGUGCAAACAGAGGACGGCCCCAUUUAGUAAUGUUCUUACUGUGAUAGAGAGGAGUGCGAUAACUGCCCUCUUCCUUUUGAUGAUAGAAUAACUCUCCAUGAGUACCUAAAUAAGAAAGGGAUAUCAACACAGUCAUUUUAUUACUAUGAAGAUCCUAAAACAUUAUCAUCGGCAGCUACCUCAAAAGAUAGCAAGAAGCCUAGAUCAGGCUAAUAACCCAAUAAAAGAUAGCUCACUAAUCUGGAGUUCGAAAUUGAAAUCAACAUUAAUUCAAGGAAAUUCUGGGGACUCUACGAAAUACUAAUUAGAUUCUUGAUGCAUGACAAAGUUUAUCCAGAAAGAAUACAAAGCCCUAGUAAGUUUUAAUAAAACUUCUUUGCUGAUCGGGUGACUAUCGAUGACUGUUUCAAGCAGUUCAUGAUUCCAGAGAAGUUGAGCCACCAGAACACAUGGUUCUGCAAUAAAUGCAUGGUGCACAAACAGGCUGUCAAAAAGAUUCAGAUAUUUAAGACUCCGCCUAUAUUAAUACUAAACCUUAAGAGAUUUAAGGGUAACUAGACCAAGCAAAACUCAUUCAUCGAUUUCCCAGUGAGAGGUCUUGACAUGUCAGAGUACGUCAUCUCGCAAAAAUAAAAGUAAAGCUCCAAUCUCGUCUACGAUUUGUUUGCAGUGUCUAAUCACUACGGUUAGCUUCUGGGAGGCCACUAUACUGCCUAUGCGAAAAAUCAUGAUACAUGGUUUAGAUUCAAUGAUGACCAGAUCGAAGAAAUAGAGGAUGAAAGCUAAAUAGUUACAAAUGCAGCCUACAAUCUUUUCUAUCAAAGGAGGGACUUGAAUUUCAGAAAUCUAAACUACUUCAAGAUCUCAAACUUCUGCAAAGGGGAGUGA